AUGUCAAAUUGGCUUAACGUGGCUUCUUCACUGCAGCACUGGUAUUUGUCUUCCUCAGAUGAAGCAGCAUUGAGCAAUACUGCCAAAGGUGCUCCACUCAUGAAGUCACAGCCAGCAGAUCUUCCUGAGGAGGCGGGUGAUGUCGGACCGCGCAAGCAGCGUUUCUUCAAAGGCGGCCAAGAAAGCGGCUACCGGGUAUGCGUGGCUGGGAUGCAGAGGCCACCGCUCAACUUUGCAACUGGACAUGGCAUUCGGCCCAAGAGCAGGUCGUCUCUCCGGAUGUGGACUGCUAGGGAGAGUUACGAAGGGGAUGUGGAGGUCGAAGGGGCCCGGCCGCGCAAGUUUCAACAAGUGUUUGGAAGCCCUUCCGUGGAAGGCGGUCCUGCCACUUGGGAAAAGAAGACGCGAAGGAGUUUGUUUCUCUGCGACCUCUGCCCUUACACCACUCGCCACAAGACCCACAUGAGGGACCACAUGCGAGUGCACAGCGGGGAGAAGCCCUUCAAAUGCACCAAGUGCCCCGCCGCAUUCACGCAGGCCACGAACUGCCGGCGCCACAUACUGAGCCACUCGCGCCAGAAAACCCCGCGGACUUGA